GUCAAAAUGUUUCUUUUCUCUUGGACAUCAAGAAGAAACAAACAGAAAGUUUUAUCAUGAUAAUGAAGAGCUGCAGGUAAAUGUUUUAGGACGUUCAGCAAAACUGGAAUGUAACUGGAAUGUAACCUGUCAAGUUGUGAUCCUACAACAUUCAGCCACUGUUACUCCCACUUCUGAGUAACAUCAGAUCAGUAAGCAACUGAUCAUCAACAACAUGGCCGAGACGUUUUACGUUAAAUUAUUUCUGUUAAUAUUUUUUCUUCUGUCUGUUUCUGGAUCAGAUCCAGAGGUUUCCUGUGUUUUCAGGCAGAGCUGCAUGUUACCCUGCAGGAUCCAGCUUGGUUCUGAUCCACUCAUCCACUGGAUCAAACUGCCAGGUGAAACGCUUCGGGUUCACUCCUACUAUGAUGGCAGAGAUCAGCUGGGUCACCAGAACCAGAACUUUCAGAACCGGACCUCCCUGUUCCUGGAUCAGAUCUCUGGAGGAAACGCCUCCCUGCUGCUGAAGGAGGUGAAGAUUCAGGAUGAGGGGAGAUAUAAAUGUUACACCAGCACCACCAGCACAGGUUAUAAAGAAUCAUUUAUAAACCUGAAGGCUGAAGCUCCAGGUUCUGACAUCAGAAUCCAUCAGGAUGGAAACAGAACCACCUGCAGCUCAGAGGGGAUCUACCCUCAACCUGAACUCACCUGGUCCACUGAGCCUCCAUCCAACACGACUCUGCAGAACAGAACCACAGUCCAUCAGACUGAGGAGAAGCUUUAUGACAUCAGCAGCUCUCUGAUUGAUCCAGACGGUUCUGAUCGGAUCUACAGCUGCACCAUCAGAACCAGGAGCAACCAGAGGAGAGCAACUUAUAAAAAACCAGGAACUUUACAUCAAGAAGAACAAGAAGAAAUACGCUGGUGGCUGAUUGGUCUGAUUGCAGCAGUGGUCAUACUAAUCAUAGGAGGGAUUGUCGGGUUUGUGCAUAAAAGAUGUAAAAAGAGUAAAAAUGAAUCACAAUCAGCAUCAGGUGGAAAUCCUCAAAGCAAAGAGGAGACGGAGAUGGAUCAUUUAAACAGUAACACAAAUGGACCUGCCAGUGAACAAGAAUCUAGAAAACAGGAAAAUAAAAAAGAUUCUGACUCUAAUGAACCCAAAGAGAUGGAGCCAUUGAAAAAACAGGACUGAGUCCAGAUGUGCUGCAGCUGUGAUGGGGAGGAGCCUAACGGAAGAAAAGCAGAGAAAAAUGACUGGAAACCAGAAAACAAGACAAACAGGAGGCAGAAAAACCAGAAAACAAGAAAAUGAUCCAAAACAUAAAGAAUCAACUGAACUGAAAAUGACAGAACUGAAGAUCAAGCAGAGAGUUAAUAAAACUUUCAUUAAGAUUUUCAUUUACUUUGAAGGAAAAGAGACAAAAGCUGCAGGUUAAGAUCAUUAUUUCAUGUUGAGGUGCUUCAUGUUUUUCUGCCUUCAAUAUGAAUUUUAAUAACAACAAAGUGUUAAACUGCUUCAAUAACUCAAAAGUUUUUUACUUGCACAGUAUAUUUAUAACUUUAGUUGUCUUUUAAAAUGGGAAUUAUGACACAUAAAUAGGAUUAAAAAGAAACAAAAAGGUAAUAAUCUAUAAAACUUUUAUUUUAGAGGUUUUAUAGAUUAAAUGUUUUUGAUGAAGGAAAUGUUUGAUAAAAUGUGGUUUGCUGCAUAAAGAUGAUGCUGAACUGGAUUAUGGGAAACCUUUUUUCUGAACAUUUAUUGCAGCUAAACAUAAUAAUAGAUUCUUAUUAUUAUGCUACUUCUGGUUUAUGGUGUUUUUCUAAUUUACACGUUGCUUUGAAAUUAAAUGAGCCACAAAGACGAAGUUAUAAUUUGAAAUUACAUUUGUAAAUAUGCAACUGUUGUUUCAUUAUGAAUGAGUUUAUGUUGAUUUAUUGUUGCAUUUUUACAUCCAUC